UAUUGGAUAUCUUUCAGUUGCACUGAAAAGCCUCCUUGUGGAUAACCUAAAAAACAUUUUUUAUCGUUUCAUAAAUUACGAAUCAGAGUCUGCUAAAUUCAUUCAUUAGAAUACUUUUACCCUCAAUACUAUAAAGUUAUGUUGCAAUAAUUUAUUGAAGAAGAUCAGUUUAAAAUAACAACGCAGUAAGAAUUUCGUAAAACGAGAUAGAUUAUCUUAAUGAAUUUUAUUCCAUGACUAUGGAUGACAGGGUUGAGUGGCAUGAAAUGGUGUAAACGAGUAUGCGCGGAAUCGCAACCGUUAGAAAAUUGCGCCAUUUUUUAGUUGUAACCAAGAUAAUUUUCCGAGUGUUAUAGCGUUAGACUAAAUAUUUAUGAUAUCGUAAACGGUGGUGUACCAACGGAAGCUUCGCGCACGAGGCAACAUUUUUACCGGGUUGUUUUAAGAAGAGUAUUUGUUUCUGUAAACAAAAUGUCGGUGGAUACGCUUAGUGAUUCGGAACUGCGUAGAAAAUUGAUGGAAUAUGGGUACCCGGUGGGUCCAGUGACACAGACCACUAGAAAGAUUCUUGCGAAGAAAUUAAAAAAUCUGAUUGAAACUCGAGGCGGUACAGGGUCACGACAUUCAUUGGCUGCCAGAUACAGCAGCGAAGAUACGGAUGAUGAUUCAAGUUCAACAGUUAGUAAAAAGAAAAAGACAACAGCGAGCUCUAGAAGACAAACUAUGGCAAAUCCAAUGCCUCCACCUUCGCCAGUUUUAACUUCUUCUGAUGUAAACAUACUAAAAAAUGUCAAAGACAAAGGAGAUUCUGAAUUCAAAGAUCCUGUGGUACCAGAUUAUGAUAGUUCGUCGUCCUUUACAACGCGUCCAAUAACAAAAUCUAUUCAUAAGAAGUAUAUGAAAUCUUAUAAGUCGUCAAGUGUAACCGAUGGACUAGAAACUGGUUCAGAUUCGGAUGUUAUCGAAGAACCAAUCAAAAGUUAUUCGCCGUCUAAAUACUUAUCAAAUGUUGGAAAAUCUCAUGAUUCUAUGACAUACAAACACAAUGUGUCUGAUCAAGAACAAAUUCCAAAAUCGUAUGAUGCAAAAUCAAGGUCUAUUCAUACUAUAAAAGACAACAAAUACAAUGAAUCAGUUUUUGAUUCCAAUAUGUCUCCGAUACAAGCUACAACCGAGGAUGUAUGUAUGAAAGAUAAUUCAAAUCAAAGAGAUCUGCUGGCAAGUUAUGAAACGCCAUUUUUAUCAGAAUUCACUAGGAGACUCAGCUCAAGAUCAUCUGUAAAUUUACCAUCGACAUCGUUGUCUAAUUUGAAAAGCCCAUCUUCGUGUCUUACAUCAAAUGUACCAGACUUGAAAGAAAAAGAUUCAAAUGGUCAUUUUUCGUCCUUACGAUCAUUGUAUUCCUCAUCAAAUGCUGGUUCAAGGCACACAACAUCGUCCGGGGAUAGACCUCGAGAAACGAUGAGUAGAACGUUCAAAUCUUUAACUACGAACAGAGAAGAUACGCGCAAUAACCACAAUAUGGUGUCUGUGAUUUUAGUCGUGGUACUUGCUUUAUUUUUUGGAAUCCUUGCCGUUAUAUACAUGGGACUUGGUGGAAAAUCAGAAACUUUUCCAUCACUCGCAACGGAUAGCAACAUACCACUGUGUUUUCUCGAGGAUGACCUUGAAACACCUGGAGUUAACUGUGUACUGAAAGAAAACGUAGAAUCGGUACUGCAAUUAUUGAAGCGACUUCAACCGACUUUAACGAAAAAAGCUGUGUCCAUGAUAUGCGACAAUUCUAGCGAAACGCCUUAUUUAACUGAUUCUGAGAUCAUGCAAAUGUUCACAAAUAGUAGAGUGACAAGCCUGGAGGUGAAGGAAGAUUUGCAAAAUGCACAAUUGCUUGUUAUAAAGAAUCCUCAAUGGGGUAUAUCCCUGAUAGAUAUAAGCGACGAUAAUGGAAACCCUGGCGACGUUUUGGAUUCCUUGGAUAAACUAUUUUCUACUCGUUUAAAUGGGAAAGUUGGAAUGAUGAUCACGAACCCGGAAUUGCCGAUGAAAUGUCUAAUUAAGAACAAGCUUUUCACCAUAUUUUCGUCCCUUCUAAUCGUGUCACUUGGCCUUCUAGCAGCUAUAGGGAUCCAGAAAUUAUUUGUUUGGUACAUAAGGUACAAGAAAAGUACCGAAAGAGAAGUGUUUAAACUUGUUAGCGACAUUAUUAACAUGGUUGAGAUGCAUCAUCAAAAUGCGGCUGUUGCAACGCCCGGUGGGACGCAAGAAAGUUUCCUAGCCAUAAAUCAUGUACGGGAUAAUCUUAUACCACCGAAAGAUCGUAGAAAAAUGGCUGGACUCUGGGAGAGAGCAGUUAAAUUCUUAGAUGAAAAUGAAUCCAGAAUUCGAAGGGAAGUACAACAGGUUGCUGGCGAAGAGUUUCACGUAUGGCGUUGGUUACCUAAUAAUACUCUCAAUAAAUCAAACACACAGAUAUUUGGUUUAAAUAAAAAAUCUAAAGUGUGGCAAGGCCAAGCGUUUGAAACGAUGGAAGGUUCUGUUAAUAGUCUGACUUGUUCGCCAACACCGUGUUUAAAAAUAAGGCAUAUGUUUGAUGCCGAUGUAGAAUUUGAGGACGAUUGGGAAACAAAAGUGCAAGAUGCCAUUCUAGAAAAAUGUGGAGAUGGUGUAAAAAUUCUACAUAUUCGCGUAGACCGUGGUAGUCGAGAAGGUUGCGUUUAUAUGAAAUGUAUGUCGCAAGAAGAUGCGGGAAAAGCUUACAGAGCUUUGCAUGGAUGUUGGUUCGAUGGUCACUUAGUAACUGUGAAGUACCUGAGAUUGGAGAGAUACCAUGAGAGAUUUCCAGACGCGCGUCGUUGCACAACACCGUUAAAGCCAAGUAACAAUCAACGAUUAUCAAUGCAGGUGGAUUAUUAGAAGGAGUGUUACACGUGAAUGUAAACUAACAAAAAUACCUCUUUGCUUGUACGCGUAAGAUAACAAGCAAAAUUUCAAUAUUAGCCGCUAAAUAAUUGUUUGCGGUUCAGAAUCAACGAGAUACUUCUAUUUUUUGCUCUGAAAGAGAAUAGAACUUCGUACUAUCGCGCAGAAGUAUGAAGUCCUUGGGACUUGUAAUUGUGUGAUAGUAUUCUAAGAAGAGGCAGAGACUUUUUAUAAGCAUUUUCGUUUUCGAUUUGUAACUUGUAUAUUAUGUUCUAUCGUCGUUUUUUUUAAAAAGAAGAAAAUUCAAUAUGACACUCAGCGAUUAUAUUAUUUAUGAAACUACUAUGAAUAAGUGUAAAAAAAUAUCGUUCUGCUGUUGCAUUUUAAGAAUUCGUUUUUCCAAGUAGCAAUAUACAAGUCAACGAUAUGCAUAUCCAAAUUCAUAUGCUAUAACAUAUUCUUUUUCUCUCUUAAUAAAAGACUAAUAAAUUUAUCAUCUAAUAUCUAAUCACACUAUCUAAUAGUAACUUCAUAAAUCAUUAACUCUCCCAUGUAGUUUGUUACUAUUGAAUAAAUCAAAAUAACUUUUGUAAUGCUCAGUUUGAAAAAGUUUUAAAAAAACUUCAGUGUAAAAUACAAGAUUUUAAUGUCACCAAGGCAUGAUAUUGUAAUCUUUAAUGUAGUUCGUAUUUAAAUUUGAUAAUUAUAGUCAAUAUGUAGAUAUUAACGAGAUAUUAUAAAGAAUCCAGAAAAAGAUUGAUGCUGAAUAUUUUAAGUAUAGAUUUGUUUUUUUUUUCUACUCUUACUAGUAAUGUUUUCUAUUUAUUGUGUCGCAGUAUAAGCGUAUUGUGAGAUAUACUUUAUUUUAUAUUUUGUAGGAGCAACAUUUUAGUAUAUUCUUUUAAGCAUACUAACGUAUACAAUGUAUAUUGCUACUUAAAAUGAUAAUUAAAUUAAGUUUUUUAUUUUGUGUACUUUCAAACAAUUUCUGAGAUUCAUGUAUCUUUACUUUUAAACGAAAUUUAGAAGAAAAUCUUUUUUAAUACUGAAUACAGAUUUCUUUAAAUUAUUUAUCAUCAUA